CAUUGCUUUCCUGAGGAAUUUCCGACGAGAUAAAGUGCUUGAAAUUGAGGCUAACAUUAUGGAUAGCUGCAAUGAUUUCAAAAUUUUAACAUCUCUAGGCUGUGGAGGAUUUGGGGAGGUGAAGCUUGCCUGCCACCUUCCUACAAGUACACAGGUUGCCGUCAAGGUGGUCAAGAAGAAUCACAAUGGUAUGAAUGACAUCAACUCUGAAGUACAGAUCCUCCAGUUAUUGGAACACAGAAACAUAGUCAGAUACUAUCAUGUCAUCAACACACUGACAAAGACUUAUUUAAUCAUGGAGUAUGUUGCAGGAGAUGACUUGGAGAUAUUCCUCAGGGACAAAACCUAUCUAAAGGAGGAAGAAGCUAGACCAAUAUUCCAACAGGUCGUGUCAGCAGUGCACUUUCUCCACCAAAGACUUGUUGCACAUCGUGAUAUUAAAUUGGAAAAUAUCCUGAUUGACAGAGCUGGAAACGUGAAGCUUUGUGACUUUGGGAUGGCUAUUCAGCUCGAAGAGGGGCAGAAGCUGAAGAAUGUCUGUGGCUCUUUGUUCUAUAUGGCUCCAGAGAUCUUGGCAAGGAAACCCUAUGAUGGGCUGGCAGUUGACAUGUGGAGCUUGGGAGUAGUCCUAUAUGUACUGGUCACAGGAAAAUUUCCAUAUGCAGCAACCACAAUGCAUGGUAUGCACAGGCUCAUCAACAGUACAGAGUACCCUAUUCCCUACCACCUCUCAAAGCCCUGUCGUGAAAUCAUUGCACAAUUACUCACAGUCCCUACCCGGCAAAGGAUAACAAUAUUUCAGCUCCUGGAAAGAAGAUGGCUGGGCCAAAUUGAAGAGCAUGUAGAACCUGCAAGUAAAGAAAUCCUUCCCAGUGUCGUUGAGACAAUGUGCAACAUAGGCUAUACCUGUGAAGAGAUUGUGUCAUGCAUAAGAAAAUGGCAAGCAAAUAAUAAUGUAACAGCAACUUUCAAUAUUCUGAAACACAAAUUGAGUAUUAGGGACUGUCAUCACCAAAAUGGGAAGCCGUGGUUAAACAUCAGCCCUAUAGAUACUAUUCACUCCCUUCCCCCCUUCAAAAGGGCAGAGAGUGAAUCAACCUUGGCAAAAAUUAUUGAAGUUGGAAAGGGUGACUUUCAGGAGAAUGGUGUGGAAAGAAGAGAAAAGAGAUGCCAAAGUUAUAAGAUGCCCAACAAAUACUCCUGCUUGGAGAUUAUGCCCUGUUCAGAUGAAAUAUUUUCUGCAAGAAGUGUCCUGAUGGCUAAUUUCAUCCACAAUGCUACUGAGGACAUUGCAAUCAACAUGAAUUCUGUGGAUGGCUUGUGUGAUGAUAUUUCCUUAUGUGAGUCAGUCUUGAAUGGAACACCUAUAAGGAUUCUGAACAAGGAAUUCCCGGCAGAGCAACUAACCGGUGGGCCCAUCAUUCCCAAAGAACAGUCCCAUGUUGGACCCAAAACCUCUGGAUCCAGACCAAUGAAGGCCUGGCAGCUGAUAAGGAAGCGAAUUACCAAUGCACUCAGAAUACUGUGCUGUGCUCCUGAACCAUUCCAUG